GCGGAAAACGCCGGUCGGGUCGCGCCCUGCCGCCCAGCACGCCCACCUCUGCUGCAGCUGCCACCUGAGGACCUUCCAACCCGUGCCCCGGGUGCACGGUGGCGGCUCUGCCCCCGGGCUACCCGUCCACAGCCCGCCCAGGCGUCCAGGUCGAGGGCCUGGCGGGGCCGCGGGCGGCGGCGGCGCACGCCUGCCUGGACACCUCCCCCGCCCUGCGCGGGGGCGGGGAGUGCCUGCUCGAGGUGCUGCAGGCCCUCGGGGGCCUGGAGCUCGAGGCCGGCGCCGCGGAGGAGGAGCUCGGGGCGGUCGAGCCGGCGCCGCCGCCCGAGGGGGAGCGGUGGCGCACCAUUCUCCGGAUCGACCACAUGAACGACCCGAAGGGGUACACGAAGGUCCUGGAGAGACUCGCAAAGGAGGAGGGCCUGACCCUGGAGCUGUUCUACCGGGUCGAGGAGGCGCGCUACAGGGACGUGCACUGCGUCAUCGAUGCGCCCGAUCGCACGGCCUCCGCGCGCUUCCUGAAGCAGUUCCGCGCGCAGAACGUGGACGUCGACAGGUGUGGCAAGCCGUGCCGGGAGCGUAAAUCCGAAGUGGUGCACGAGCUCCCCCUCGGACCGGCCGCGGUGGAGCAGCGCCCCGCCCUCGCCCGCACGGAGUAUGCCUCCCCCGGCGAGCUCGCACGGCACCUCGCCGCAGCUGGCCACGGCCCUCCCGUGGCCGCGCGGGGGCCCGCCCGAGCAGCCACGGGGGAGCGGCUCUGGGCCGCCGCCGUCGCAGGGGGCACCCGGCUGCACGUCUGCGUGUGCCCCGGCAGGAGGGCCUCGGAGCUCACGAACCGCGAGGAGCUCCGCGAGGACCCGCGCGCGCCCGCCCUGCGCGCGGACCUGUGCGCCCCGCCGCGGGAGGGGGAGGCGAACGCGGAGCUCGUGCGGCUCCUGUCGUCCGAGCUGAGGGUGCCCACGGCGCAGGUCUCGCUGCUCAGCGGGGGGAGGUCACGGGACAAGCUGCUCAAGAUAGCCGGCGUGACGCCCGACGAGGUGGAGGCGAUCCUCCUGGCCGCCCAGGAUUGACUGGCAGCCUUGACUCGGGUGGCCUGCGAUUUUGCGGCGGCUCGGUGACACGUCGGCGCACCGCACCGCGCGGCACCGAGGCGCUCGAGCUGUAUGUUGCUGGCAUCGCAGAAGCGAGGACUGCACAGGGCAUCCAGCUAAGGGAGACUGCGGCACGACGUGGAUUGCGAGGGCCGGAGUGAUUUCAUGCCGCUGUCUCCUGAGACUUCCCCCUCGGCCCCUCAGCCUCAUUCGAGGAUGACGAGCGGAGGGCCUCCUCUGUCCGUUCGACGUUCGAGGCAGCGCUGUUGAACGCAUUCGCUGAAUUACGCACAGAUUCGGACGAGUGACGUUUGCAUCACAAGAGGUCAAAUUGGCUAUCACGAAGUCCUAGCAGCCAUUAGGGGGCGUGUCCCAGCUUGCCACGUCCCCAGCAUAGUUCGGGGCGAGUGCGUUCUGUCAGUAUGAAGCGCCGCACCCAGGAUAAUGGACAACUUGGCGGAUGUGGAUCGGUGAAGGCUCCAGCGCUGUCACUGCUCAGGAAUGCCGCGUGUGCGAUUCAGGAUCUCGCAACUGAAGUGCCGGGGGCGAGGCUGUCGGCGCCGCAGAGGGCGCCUUUUCGCCCUCCACGUGGAUUCAGCGCGCGAUGAUUCCGUAUCCAGCGGCUCUCUCGCUCUCUCUCUCUCUCUCUCACUCGCUUUCGCUCCCUCGCUCCCCACUACGUUCGCUCUCGGAUGGAGGCUCGGCGGAGCCCCGAUUCGGUUGUCCGCAGUCCGUUGCGUGGUGUUCGUUCCUUCGUUGUUGGUUCGUGGACCACCGUCCA